CCACACGACCGCAGCUUUACGGCGACGAAGCUAAAGAUGAACAAGCUCUUGGUUCUCGGCUUCUCUGCCCUGCUCUGCUGUGUCUCAGCUGAAGCCCUUCGAUGUACCGUUUGCCAAAACAAAAUACCCGUCUUCGGCUGCAUCAAAGGAUUGGGCAUCUGCCACCCUGCGCCAGGGCUACCCUGCAAAUACAUCAGAGUCUAUACCACAGGCAUCCAGUUUUAUUCACAGGCAGAUUGUGCUGUGCAAGGCGACAGAUGCAACAUCAUAGAGCCAACGAAGUCUGGCCACCGCCAAAUUUCCUGCUGCAAGACUGACUUCUGCAACAGUUAG